AUGCUAAAUAGUACAAAUAACAAUUCGUCUACUUUGUUUUCACUUAAUCCAAAUCCAGAUUAUAAAAAUAUAUCCUUACAUAAUUCUGUCGUAACUAAGCCUAUAGGAAUUACACCUGCUAUUAUUCCUUUUUCAAUCGGAUUUGGAUCAUUUAUUGGAAUUUUUAUCCUUUUGAUUUUUUUAUAUAAAUGCACUUUCAUUGGAUCAUGGUUUGACAACCGAAUAUUAGAGAAAAAAAAAAAACAUAAAAAAAAGAAAAAAACAAUAAUAUAUAGGCCAUUAAGAUCUGUAGAAUUUACCGAUGAAAGAUCAGAGAAUAGUAUAAUAAACCUUGGAACAUGUAAUAAGACAAAUAAUUUUCUAUGUGAAAUUAGAUUAGAAAAAGAAAUUAAUGCAAAUGAAAGUUGUGGUAAAGAAUCCGAAGAAAAUAAAAAAAAAAAAGAGAAAAAAGAAAAUGAAAAAGAAAAAGAAUAUAAUGAAAGAUACAUAGAAACAAAGAGCAAUAUUGUAGAAAUAAUGAAAAAGUGGAAAUGGAAGACUGUAAUUGAAAUACAUAUGAUGGUAUUGGAGGAGUGUCAAAAAGAGGAAUGGGAAUUAAAUAGAAGAGAAUUUCUAAAGAUUUGUUUAGAAGAAUUCAAAGAAGAAGAUAUAUAUCCAAAUGUAAUUAACAGAAACGUGGUAAUGGAAACAGCUCAAGAAAAAAUUACUGGUAUUUUUUUAGAACAAAAGCCUUUAUGGAAAAUAUGGAAAGAAUGGAAUAAGCUGACAGAGAAAUGGAAAAAGGAAUCGUGGUUUAAAGAUUUGAUGAAAGAGUGGAAAAGGGAGGAAAAAAAAUAUAUAGAAUUAAUGGAAAAUACAAAAGAGAGAGCAGUUAACACUUGA